GCAUCAGUGGGAAAGGCAGAAAUCUGCAGCUGACUAAAUCAAGAGAUCAAAACUAUCCGGAUUAUAAACGCACAAUCUGUCGUGAAAAUCCAGGGCGCAUCGUUGUUCUAGUUUCUCGUUUAGUCGUUCAUCAAUGCAUGUGUGAUUUACACAUUAAUCUGCGUUGUUGUUUUUUUUCACAGACGGGAAGAUGGUGCGUUGCUUGUGCCAUGCCGCUGACGGAUACUCUACACGCAUUUAUGGGCAUUAAUUUACCGUUCUCUUCAUCAUAUUCUAGGGCACCUUAUUGUUCAUCAGCGACAGUUUUGUCCUGACAUAAACGUCUGGGCCACGGGCUCAGAGAUGCUGUUAUCGCAUCGCCUCGGAGAAGCCUAACAGACCAUGAUGAAAACCGAAUCCUCAUCCUCCUCCAAGCCAGUGAGCACCACCGCGCUCCGCAGCCCCUCUCCUCACCGCAACGCGUACGAGGCGGCGGGGAUUCAGGCGCUGAAGCCGGCGAACGAUGUCUUAAAUAACGGCGACGCUCAGGAUGGCAAGCCUAAGCUCACCAGCCGCGGUCGCGCGUACGGCUCGAACGUGCACCGCAUCAAGAACAUGUUCAUGCAGAUGGGCGCAUCCUCACCCACCGAGGCUGAAGACGCGCAAAAGGAAAACGGCGACGGCGACGGCGACGGCAAAGCGGUGCGUCUCACACUCCCGCGGGCUGGCAGCCUGAACGAGAACGUGGAUCACAGCGCGCUGCUCAAACUGGGAUCUAGCGUCUCCGAGCGCGUCAACCGCUUCGAUAGCAAAACGGACGCGUCGCCCAGAUACUCGAAGCUGCAGGAGACGAGGAAGAUCUUUGAGCAGCAGCAGCAGCAGGAGAGACAGGCGGCUUCUAAUCGCGUGUUACUGAAGAAAGAACGCGCCGCGGGCUUUCAGGAUGCGUCGCGUUUGGAUGUGGUCGCGCGUUUUAACGGCAGCACGGAGUCGUUGGAUAGCUUGGACGCGAUCGGCGGGACCAGCGAGGCCGUGUCGCCCACCGUCAGCCAGCUCAGCGCCGUUUUCGAGCGGGCCGCCGAGCUGCGGAACAACCUACACCGGCUAUCCAAUACGCCCCCGCUGCCUCUGCGCGGGGUCACCGGCCGUGUUGGUGCUCUCAACUCAAAAAUCAUCACCAAACGGGUACGCGCUUGUCCUUCAGGGGCAAACAAGGAGGAUGGGGUAAAUCAGCACCAGGAGGAACAAGACGCGAGGUGUAGCAGCCUUAAUGGAGUCUCUGAGCUUCAAGACGGCAUCACAGCUGUGGAUACAGAGUCCUUGGAAGAGAAAAAGACAGGGGAGAAGGAUGAAUCUAGUGCCAAUGAAUCUAAGACUCUAGAUAAGUGUAAAUCCGGACAGGCCAGUGCCACAGAGACAAAAGGUACUCUUAUUUCUGCUGAUGUCCGUAAUUUAGAAAAUGGGGGACUUGCUUCCAAUGGAGAGGCCCUUGAGAGAGACACUAUGGAGUCUGGCAUCACCGGCACUGGAAGGAAGGGCGAGGAUGGACAUGCUCGUCCAUCAGUGGGAGUCAGUAAGAAGGAGGAUGAUGAUGGUACUCUGAAGGAGAAUUACUCUAAGGCUGAUUUGGUGGAUAUCAGCGCCUACAGUGCAGUAGGAGAAGACUCUGGUGGUAGCCAGCUUGAGGAUGAGGAGGAUGAAGAUGAUGUAUAUGAGCCAGAGUCGAGCUGCUCUGAGAUUGCUGGAUUACCGACGGAGGAGGAUCCGCCCCCGAGCAGGAAAAUUAAAUUCAGUACUGCCCCCAUUAAGGUGUUCACAACCUAUUGUAAUGAGGACUAUGACAGGAGGAAUGAUGACGUGGACCCCAUGGCUGCCUCUGCUGAAUAUGAGCUGGAGAAACGUGUGGAAAGGCUGGACCUGUUCCCCGUUGAACUGGAGAAAGACAAUGAGGGUUUGGGUAUCAGUAUUAUUGGGAUGGGUGCUGGAGCUGACAUGGGUCUGGAGAAGCUUGGCAUUUUCGUCAAGACCGUCACAGAGGGAGGGGCGGCCCAUCGGGAUGGCAGGAUCCAGGUGAAUGAUUUGAUAGUGGAGGUGGAUGGAACAAGCCUGGUUGGUGUAACGCAAAGUUUUGCUGCCUCUGUCCUGAGAAACACAUCUGGCACGGUUCGGUUUAUUAUUGGCCGAGAGAAGCCAGGAGAGCAAAGUGAAGUGGCCCAGCUCAUCCAGCAGACCCUUGAACAGGAGCGCUGGCAACGGGAGGUGAUGGAACAACAAUAUGGCAACUACAUGGGGGAUGAGGAAGAGCCAAGUGAUUAA